AUGUUCAUCGAGUUUUUGUGGUGUUAUGUUGUGGAAGGAAGUGCAGGAGCUUUCAUUUUCAGAUACUACGUUGUUCUGGUACGGGCUCCUUCUAUCAGAAAAAUUAGCGUGAUCCGGCCGAGCGAGUGGUUUAUGAGCAGCCAGGCCGAGAUAAAGGCUCCACCCAGCACUGCCGAUGUUGCAAGUAUAGAAUCCCACUCUCAGCUCAGUUUUGUGGAACAACUGAAGACCGUUAAGAAAUUGCUGAAGUACAUGGUGCCCAUGUUUCUCGUUUAUGUCGCCGAAUAUCUCAUCAAUCAAGGAUUGCUUGAACUUACCGUAUUCGACUGCUCUCAUGGUUACGGUACCAGUCCAGCAAGCCAAUAUCGGUGGUAUCAGGUGAUGUAUCAAAUGGGUGCGUUCAUAUCGCGUUCAUCGCUGAAACUCAUCCAGUUUAACAUGACUUUAAUAGCGUUGAUGCCUUUGCUUCAAUUGAUGAACACGAUUUUCUUGACAUUCAACGCGAUCUACGCAUUUAUUCCACAUUUUGGAAUGGUGUGUGCCAUCAUUCUUUAUGAAGGCCUCAUUGGUGGCGGAUCUUAUGUGAACACAUUUCAUCAUAUUCAUAGGAAGAUUGACCCCUCCAUACGUGAAUUUGCCCUGUCCACCGUAUCAUUGGCGGACACCAUGGGUAUUGUAGUGGCUGCUCUCACUGCAGUUCCAUUACAUAAUGCUAUUUGUGCAAUGCAGUGGUACGGCUAA